AUGGCGGCGGGAGCGGGAACGGCUCCGGCGCAGCCCGGCGGCGGCGAGGAGGAGGAGGAGGAGGAGGAGGUGGCGAGCGCCUCACGCACGCAGCGGCCGAGCCGCAGGCGCCGCCAUGAGCGGCCGGUCCAGGGGAUGCGCCUCAGCCUCGGGGCCGGCGUGGCGGGCUCCUUCCGGCGCCGGCCCUCCGCGCCGAGACGGCACAGCGCCCCCUGCCGCGGCGGAGGGCGGAUGGCGGCCCACAAGGCCGCGGCGGCGGCCUACGGGCACGGCGAGAGCGGCGGGGGCCGCGGCGGCGGCUUCCUGGGGCCGCGGGUGCCGGCCGAGGUGGAGGCCAUGGCCCGGGGCGUGCAGGACGUGGGCAAGGAGACCUUCCGGCGGCUCCUCAAAGUCACUGUUAAUGCAUUGGAAGGAAAAGACUGCAAGGAAUCUGUCAAGCUGAUUGCAGAAAGCACUGAUCUCUCAGAAGAGCAGCUUGCUUUCCUCAUUUCUGGCAUGUAUACCCUUCUCCGAGAAGCCUUGAGACUCCCCUUAUCAACUUUCAAACAAGAAGUUUUUAAGGAAGACCUAAAGGAGCUCAGGAUACCAGAAGAUUUCAUCAUGGACUUUUCCAGUAUAGUCUUUGGUAACAGGCGUCCUGCUUCCGAAGGCACAGCUCUGAUACAAGGAAGUAGGCUGCCAAGUGUCCAGGACUUCAGGUGGAGAGUGGACGUAGCUAUAUCCACAAGUUCGCUGGCCCGUGCACUGCAACCAUCCAUUCUAAUCAUGAUGAAGCUUUCAGAUGGGACAGCUCAUCGCUUUGAAGUGCCAGUUGCAAAAUUUCAAGAACUGAGAUACAAUGUUGCCCUUAUACUGAAGGAAAUGAAUGAUUUGGAGAAAAGGAGCGUACUGAAGAUCCAAGACUGAACAGUUUUAAAUGGGGAGUUUAUAGAACAGAUCCGAAACCCUUGGCGUGUUUUGUGAAUGGCAAAGCAGAGGACCAUCACCACUUUGCCUGUCUGAACUGCAGUGUAGCAUUUAUGAUGGCUGCUGUAAAUAUUUUUUUGAUUGAAGUCUUAAAAGCAUAAGGUCUUUUCAUAAGACUUCGGAAAAACAAAAAGUGUAUCUAUGAGAACAUAUAAUGCUGUUUGUGAGCAUUUUUGCAUGAUUCAUCAAAACAUUUUUUAAAUAACUGUCUUAAUAGAGGUAAGAGUCAUUUAUUUCUGAUUAUGAUUCAUCACUCUAAAUAUUUUUGAAAGCCUGCUACCGGAAGCUCUGUCAAUAUGUAUCAUAAGAAAGCUCUGCAAUAUCUCAAAUAAAAAAUAAAAUAAAA